CUAAUUCAUGAUUCAUGCGUUCUAUAUGAAUCAGUGAAUGAAUUACAUACGUAUUUUUACAUUACAUAUUUAUAAGAGAAAAAAAGGGUAUCGUCCAAAGUCGAGUGAUCGGACAUCUAGUAGCCGUGGAUUAGAUCAUCAUGACAGUAGAACAUAUUGUUUGACAAGCUUCACGAAUUAUAAUCGACAUCUGAUAUUUCAAAUACGUUGGCCCUACGUUUAUUUAAUCACACAACGUGAGAAGCAUUCCGGAUCGCAUCAAUGAGUCUGCAUCCUCUGACAUUACGCUAUUUACAGCGUUGUUUUUCGUCACAACCCCAGCGAGGAUUGAGCGCGGUUCAUCUCGAGCUCUUGAAACCGGAAGUAGUCCUCAGCGAGAAAAAUCGUAAAUCAUUCGUCGAGAAAUUCAAGAGUCCGAAAACGACGCAGAUACAGGAGAACGUGAGCCAUGCAUCCGUUUUGGUGCCGCUUUGCAUGCACCAGGGCGAGCUGGGGUUCUUAUACACCCUCAGAUCGACGAAAAUAAAUUCAAAUCGCGGACAAGUCUCGUUUCCCGGCGGUAUGUACGACAAGGAAGAUCGCAACCUCGAAGAAACCGCGUUACGCGAAACCUGGGAGGAAUUGAAAAUUCCGCGAACGAAAAUCGACGUCUGGGCCGCGGGAAAUAUGAUCGACAAGCAGAAAAUAAAAGUCCUGCCCGUCUUCGGUUACAUCGGCGAGAUUAACCCGGAGAAACUCAACGUCAACAAGGAAGAAGUGGGCGAAGCGUUUUUCGUCAGUCUGAGAAAACUUUGCGAUCCCUCCUUGUGUCGAUAUACGCAAUUUCGCGAUGGUUACAGCCUGCCGGUUUAUUUGGGUGGUAAAUAUCGGGUUUGGGGGUUCACUGGAGCGAUAACGCACAUAGUUUUAAAUGUUCUCGUACCUGAUGUUUAUAAUCAGCAAUUAGUUUAUCUACGAAAUGUUACACCCGAAAAAGAAAUUAGUAUCAGUCGAUAGUGAGAUACGACGAUAUUUGCAUUUUACUUGUAUUUCAUUUUUCCUUCGAUCCCUGUGUAUAUGUUAUCGUUAAUAAAAAGAAAUUUUUGAAACGAUUUUCA